AGUGUUUGAAUGGCGGAGUCUGCCAAAACUCAGUGUGUAACUGUACUAUAGGCUACUUUGGAGACUUUUGUCAGCACAGCUCUGUUGUGCCAUUGAUCCGGCCGAUGCGCAUCUACCAAACUGGCGGCAAUAACAAGGAGGGAACCACUGUCUACUAUGUUUGUGAGACCAACUCCACCCUGGUGGAGGGCACCCCGCUGUGGUACUACUCCAGGAGCGUCGGGGGCCAGGUCGAGUUUGUUGAGAAUGCUCAAGGCCGCUUUUCACAGCAGAUAAUUAGACCCAAUACCACACUGUUCAUUGGCCGUGAUCUGAGGGUGUUUGACUCAGAUCAAUUCCGCUGUUCUGUGCCCAGUGGGCUUACCCUGACACUAUCUCUCUUGGUUCAAGCCUCUCAGUGCGUGCCGGGCUGCCUCAACGGUGGUACCUGUCAUGGCAACAUGUGCAUGUGCCCUGCCGAAUACACGGGAGACUUCUGUGAGACCAGAUUGAGCUAUUGCCCCAUCAGAUGUCUGAAUGGAGGUUACUGUGACAACGGCAACUGCGUGUGCCAAGAGGGGUACGCCGGUAACUUCUGCCAGAUAGCAGUUAGCGAUGAAUUCAUCAUACGUCUCAGUUUCCCCUCCACCCAGCGACCUACUCUUGGUACCACCCUCUCUAUCAUCUGUGAGGUCUUCGAGUCCCCCACAGCUGCUGAAGCGGUGAGGGGGACACCCCUUUUGGCGCAGUGGGAGGUUCCGGACCCAGUCAGUCCGCAGCUUUUGCCCGGCAUUCCAGUAGACGGGGUCAUCAGCCCAGCUGUUGGGGAUAUUCAAGUCAGGCAACUCUCCCCGUCGGCGUCCCUCCUCACCAUCACCAACUUUCAGCCGGUGUACACUGGCAGCUACAACUGCUCCACUGGCACUCGCACAGUCACGUACUAUCUGAGUGUUGAAUGUGCACCUCCUUGUCUGAACGAAGGCGCCUGCGUGAACGGUAGGUGUCAGUGCUAUCCAGGCUACACCGGCGAUCGCUGCGAAACACCCCCUUCAGAAAUGCUGAACAAAGACUGCCGCUAUGCCUGCGCCAACAAUGGCACCUGUGAUGAGGGGGUGUGCCUCUGCCUGAAUGGCUUCAGAGGAGACUGGUGCGAAAUCGAUUUCCGAGCACUCACUAAUGACCCCUGUGGCUGUCUGAAUGGAGGAACCUGCGAGCAGGGAGAGUGCCGCUGCCCGCCUGGCUUUUCAGGGGCACAAUGUGAAAGAGAAGAUGGAAUCUGCAAUCCACCUUGCCAGAAUGGUGGAAGCUGCUUAGAUGGCGUCUGCCACUGUGACCUCGGAUACGUAGGCUUCUACUGCGAGUUUAGAGCUUGUAUUGUACCAUGCAUCAAUGGUGACUGCAUUGAAGGAGUGUGCCUCUGUGAUCCCGGCUUCACUGGGGAACAGUGCAACUUACAUGAAUGCACAGUAGAAUGCUUGAACGGCGGUGUGUGCUACAAUGGGACGUGCUCGUGCUUGCAAGGGUUCACAGGAGAGCAGUGCCAAGAAGUCGACUGUCUGUUCCCUUGUUUGAAUGGAGCGACCUGCGUGGAAGGCUUGUGUCAGUGUGCCCUUGGAUUCGCUGGUGAUCAGUGUGACGAACUGGCUUGUAUUCUGCCUUGCAUCAAUGGCGAUUGCAUCGAAGGGGAGUGCAUAUGUUACCUUGGCUAUGAGGGCGAGCAGUGUGAUGUGCUCAGUUGCCAACCGGAAUGCGUGAAUGGUGGGCUGUGCGUGGAUGGUGUUUGUGUUUGUCUGCAAGGCUACGAUGGGCUUAACUGUGAAACUGAAGUGCCAUACAUCGAGAUCAUACCUGAGCAGUCGGUUGUACGCUAUGGCAUGCAGUUGUCAUGGCGAUGCAUCUACCAUUUUGGCACACAGUCUCCUUUCUGGCGGAACCCCAACCAGCGAUUUGUUCAGCUCGCCCAGUCGUUGAUUCGUGGUGAUCUUGGUCUGAGCAAUGUCUUUGCAGAGCGCAUCUCCGUCAAUGAGACCAGGCUCGUCAUUGUCGAUUUUCGGCCAGGCGAUUCUGGGGUCUACUCUUGUGGGACCUUUGAGGAGCGAGAGACAAUACUGAUUGAAGCAACUGCCACGACGACCUCUGCCCCUACUUCCCCAAGCAUCACCGUGACCAUCCCACCCUCCCAGACCAGCAACUGCGUGCCCUUCAACAGCUCCAUCUGUCGGGGUCUGCCCUACCAGCAAGCUCUCUUCCCUACCUCCUUUGCCCAGGAUGCAGCGGGUGCCGAGCUGGUUGCCUCAGCCAUGUCUGCGGAGCUGGCUGACUGCGGCAAAUCACCCAAGGUCGUCCUCUGCUACCUCUUCUUCCAGCCCUGUGAGGGCGGGCCCGAGCCCCCCGACCGCCUCUGCCGAGAGAUCUGCCAGGCUGUCCAGCACGAGUGCAAGGCCUACAUGCGGGAGGUGCUGACUUACCUGGCCGACCAGGCCGAGCAGUUCCUGGGGGUGUGCGGGACACUGCCCUUGGAGGAGUCCCAGCCUAGCUGCAUCAAGAGCCUGAAGAAACAGCCGCCCACACUGUCAAAGUGUGAUGGUAUGUGCGAGAAUGGAGGAACCUGCCUCAAUGACAAGUGCGUCUGUGAGCCAGACUUCACAGGAGAAAUGUGCGAAUACCCAGUGGGCACCCCGCCGGAGUACGAUGUGGUCAUCACGCCUAUACCCCCUGGAUACCCAGAGGUCACCAGCAACUUGACCGUCAUGUGUGAGGUCAUCAACAGCAAUAUCCUGGCCUUCCCAAUUUGGUUUGGGCCUGACAACCAGAACAUCCCUCAAAAACAGCCAGGUGACAGCAACCAGCGAAUCUAUAUUGACCCGCAUUCGCCCACAGCGUCCAAACUCAUAAUUCUGGGAGUGCAGCCCUCGGAUCAGGGCACCUACAGGUGCAUUGUGGGCCAGCAGUCAGUACCCCACACUGUGAUUCUGAAAUUCCCGGACUGCUACAGCCAACCCUGCUUGAAUGGCGGAGUGUGCAUCCAAGGCAAAUGCCAGUGUCCCUACGGUUUUACUGGGUUGAGCUGUGAAAACAGUAAUGUGAGAUACAUCAUCAGCAUUACACCAGAGACAAUCGACUUCCCAGUGACGGGCUCUAAUUUGACCUUCCUCUGUGAGGUCACCGGCCUGUAUCCUAGCAACCCCAUCUGGCUGAAUGCCAAUGGCAGAAACAUCGGCGGCAAAACUGGAGGGGGUAGCAAUCGUGUCUUCGUUCAGGAGACAUCCCCCACUGAGACGGUGCUGAAUAUCUUCAACCUCCAGCCACAGGACUCUGGCGUGUAUGUGUGUGUUGUUGAAAAGCAAUACACUUACGUCAACAUCACUGUCCGAUUUCCUGAACUUGCGUGCCCUCUUCCGUGUCUCAAUGGAGGUUACUGUGUCUUUGGGGAAUGUCAGUGCCCGCCAGACUAUGAAGGCCAACAGUGUCAAUCCCUUGUUCCACCGUCAUUCAGCCUAAUCAUUACCCCAGCCCCCAAUCAGACGCCGGUCGUAGGGGGCAAUCUGGUUUUCCUCUGUGAGAUGACUCGGAGAAGUAACACCAGCUCACCCUUCUGGGUGGCACCGGACGGCCGGGUGGUCACAUCUCGAAACUCUGAGAGAGGAGAUGGGAUCCACGUUGUAUUUCUGGGCAGGACUGCAGUCCGAUUGGUCAUCACGAACUUGAGGGAGAGGGACGAGGGGAUCUACAGCUGCAUUGCUGGCCCCAUUGAAGCCACCGUCAACAUCACCGUCUUUGAGCCACAGUGUGAGCGUCCUUGUUUGUACGGCAGUGCUUGCAUCCGGGGCUCAUGUCUGUGCCCUUACGGAUUGGAGGGAGAGGCCUGUGAGAUCCAAGUUCCCGGAACAGAGUGUGACCUGCCCUGUGCCAAUGAUGGGCUCUGCGUUAACAACCAGUGCUUCUGCAAGGAGGGCUACCUGGGUGAACUCUGCCAGAUAUUUGUGGGUGGCACUUUCAACAUCACCGUGGUAACCAUCGAUGACCUGGUGCCAGUUUCCAGUGGUGAUGUGCAGAUUGUGUGUGCUGUGGAGGGAGAUGGGGUAUUUCCCCCGCCCAUGUGGAUCAACCCAAGAGGCUUCACCAUCGCACCUAUCGGAGAGGGCGGUUCCCAACACAUGAAUGUGGAGAUGCCACAGCCUGGAACGACAUUGCUGAACAUCAAUGACAUUACCACGGAGGAUGAGGGAACAUACACCUGCAUUGUUGGGGAGUAUAUCAAUACAUACAUCUUCAGAAUUGGUGUCUCUGACCAGUGCGAUUACCCAUGCGCCAAUGGAGGCACUUGUGUGGAAGGCCUCUGUCUGUGUCCUCUGGGUUACCUGGGAAGGUUCUGUGAGGUCUACAUACCAGUGGCUGAGUGCAAGCUGCCUUGCCAGAAUGGUGGUGUGUGUCGCAACGGGAUAUGCUACUGCCCAAUAGGCUACACCGAACCGUCAUGCAAUGUCAAAGUUGGCGUCGGCUACUUCCUGUACAUUGUGUCCAACCUCCAACGGCCACCACUGACAGGUGAAGAGCUGAGAGUGACCUGCAAGUUCGUCGGCGGCCAGAGAAUGGACCGGCCCGAGUGGACCGACCCUAAUAAUUUACCCAUCCCAACUAACGAAGGCGGACUGCAGCGUGUGUACGUGCAGUACCUGAACGCCACGGCCACUCAGCUGAUCUUCCAAAACGUCCAACCCAGAGACCUGGGCACCUACACCUGCAACGUUGGCGACACCACCAACACAUUCACAAACACAUUCAGUGUCACAGUCUCUGAGCCAGAGUGCAGUCCGUUGUGUCAAAAUGGGGGAACCUGCAGAGCUGAUGGCUGCCAGUGCACCGAAGACUUCACCGGCGUCUUCUGCCAAACACCAGUGUUGCACAAGUGUGACGGGCUGUGCUUGAACGGUGGUGUCUGCGUUGCUGGAAACUGCCGCUGUGUGGAUGGUUUCACUGGGGCCAACUGUGAAAGACCAGUGGUAGUUGGUUGCAGACAACCUUGUGCUAAUGGUGGCCUGUGCAUCAACAGUGCAUGUCUCUGCCAGCCAGGAUUCAGCGGGGAAUUCUGCCAAGAAACAGAUUCAGAUUGCAUACCCAUCUGUGAGAAUGGAGGGAGCUGCUCUGAUGGGGUCUGCGUGUGUGCCGACAAGUACACUGGGGACACCUGCAACAUCAGGGUUGAUGAGGAUCUCAUCCUGACUGUCGUCCCGAGCACCCUGACACCGCCCUCUGUCGGCGAUGACAUCAGAGUUAGCUGUGAGUUCUUAGGGAGCUCGAACAACCCUCAGCCAUUCUGGACUGCACCUGAUGGUCACCAGAUCGAGUAUGUCCUACCAGAGCUCAUUGGCACCAGACGGGUAGGCAGCAUCGCCAAUUCCAGCAGCACCACCAGCCUGUUCAUCAACGAUGUCCGUGUCACAGACACAGGGACAUACACCUGCUUCGUGGGACCAGUCACCAACACUUACACAAUCUUAUUUUACGAUUUCAACUGUGAUCCGGUGUGUCGCAAUGGAGGAUUUUGUUCCCUGGGAACGUGCCAGUGCCCAAAGGGGUACAGAGGCACCGCCUGUGAACUUCAAGUUGUUGGAGAUGAGUGCCGUCCACGCUGUGAGAACCAAGGGGUGUGUAAGAAUGGGAUGUGCGAGUGCGGACCGCAGCAUGAUGGCCAGCACUGUGAAACAACAGUUGGCGACGGGUACUUCCUAACCAUCAGUAACCAACCCUAUGAGCCACUGAGGAGAGGGCAAGACCUCACCGUGACCUGUGAGUUUGUCGGAGAAGGAGAGCAGGCUGCCCAACCGGCCUGGCGCGACCCGAACGGAAUACUCAUUCGGCCGUCUGUGAGAGAUGACAGUGGCAGCCUCAUCCGCACCAGAGCAAUCUCACCACUGAAGACCGAGCUGACCAUCAGCAACAUUCAGCCGACUGACUCGGGCAUUUACACGUGCCACGUGGGAUCCAGCGUCAACACGCUGACAAUUGAUUUUGGAGAUGGCGGGUGUGCUCAGCCUUGCAUGAACGGAGGAACCUGCAUUGGCGGAGUUUGUGAGUGUCCUGACGGCUUCAGUGGGGAGAGGUGUGACACACCAGUGGUUGAGUGUGUCAUCCCAUGUGAGAAUAAUGGUCAGUGCUUGAAUGGCAUCUGCGUCUGCUCAGAAGGAUACUUCGGCAACCUUUGUGAAGUAGCAGUUGGAGAUGGGUUGACAAUCCACAUCAUCAAGGAUUCCCUGGGACCCCAUCAGACUGGACAGGAUGUCAUUGUGACCUGUGAAUACACCAGCGACGUCGGCCAAGAGUUCCAGCCACAGUGGAUCGACAGGAGCGGACGCAGCAUCAGCCCAAACACACUGGGGCGGUUAAGGACGCUCAUUGUUUCCCCGACAUCUACUCAGCUGACUAUAUCCGGCAUCCAGGAGUCAGACUCGGGGGUAUACGCAUGUGUUGUGGGAACAGAAGUCAACACCUACACGCUCACCAUACAUGACGUUGAAGUGCAGUGUGCCUUGGAUUGCCUGAAUGGUGGCGUAUGCGUGCGGGGAACCUGUGAAUGCCCAGAGCAAUAUGGUGGCGCUUACUGCGAAUUUGAACUGACACCUUGUGACUUUCCAUGUGCUAAUGGCGGUAUCUGCAUUGAAGGCGUGUGCUCCUGCGUUGAUGGUUUCCAAGGCGAAUUCUGCCAGACAUAUGUGAUACCAGAAACCGAUAUCAUCAUCACCAUCACUCUGCAAGAGAAUGCCCUGCCCGCCAUUGGCCAGAGCUUCUACUUGGUAUGCGAGAUUGCCAAUAGCACCGCCUACCCUCAGCCAGUCUGGAUCACACCCUCUGGAAACCCUGUUCCCAGUGAAGAAGAAGGGGGACCACAGUCAUCCCAUCAUAUGAUGACUGAGGACAUCUCCCCGACAGCCACGAAGCUGAUCCUGAACAGACUCAUGAGAGAGGACUCGGGAACUUACACCUGCCUUAUUGGUCCUCACAGGGACUCCAUCCCACUCAUCAUCUACAAGAUUCCAUGUUCACCAGCCUGCCAGAAUGGGGGAACCUGCGAUGACGGAGUGUGCCUGUGUCCAACUGGCUUCACCGGUGACCACUGUCAAGAAAGGGAGCAACAACAACUGACUAUUCGCAUUACACCCAGCAUGCAAGAGCUCCCUCAUGUAGGCGACCGCCUGCGUGUCACCUGUGAGAUCAUUGGCACCAACGAGUUCAGCCCUCCUGAGUGGCAGACACCGGAUGGUGCUGUCAUCCCGGAAUUCGUAAUUGCUUCCGGCCAGCGCGUCGGUGUGCAGUACAUAACCUCAACCGCCACCAACUUGGUCAUCAACAGCGUCCGCCCGGCCGACGCCGGCCGGUACACCUGCAACAUUGGUCCGCUGCAGGGCUUCUUUGAGGUGAGGGUGGAGCGGCCGCCGAAUUGCGAGGUGGUGUGCGAGAACAUGGGGGUAUGCCUGGGUCGAGAGUGCCAGUGCCCAGAGGAGUUUGCUGGGCCCCGCUGCGAGAUACGAAGGGGAGCCGACUACACCAUUGUCAUCACGCCGCCCCCCAACCCAGUCCUUGUGCCGGGCGUGCAUGAAAUCAGCUACUUAUGCGAGAUAGAGAGCCUCCGCAACCUACCCCGGCCAGAAUGGGCCGCUCCAUCCGGAUCGCUGAUUGCACCCAUUGAGCAGAUCGGCAGCAUUGGACGGCUGGGAGUGGAGUACAUCGAUAGCCGCUCUACACGGUUGAUCAUCCGAGACCUGAUGGUGGAAGAUAGCGGCAUGUACACCUGCUACAUCGGGACCCUCACCAACACUGUCAUGAUCACUGUGCAAGUGCCUUCCUGCUUGCCUCCAUGCCUCAAUGGCGGCCAGUGUAGCAACGGUGCAUGUGAAUGCCCACCAGAAUUCACUGGACCCCAGUGCCAGACGCCGGCCCUCCCUUGCCCCCAGCCGUGCAUUAAUGGUGGGGAGUGUGUGAACAGGGCCUGCGUUUGCCCAGCAGGAUUCCUGGGCUCCCGAUGCGAAAUUCCUGGUUUUAAUGUGAAACUCCACCCUGUCGGAGAAGUGGUUCCAGUGAUUGGGCGGACCAUCAGCUUCCUGUGUCAAAUCACCGGUCAAGUCCUGCCAGACAUUCGACCAAGAUGGCGGAAGGAGAAUGCGGAGAUACGGCCCCAGUCGGAAGCCAGUGCAGGUCGCGUGUUCACGUCCUAUGUCAGCCCCUCCGCCACCCAGCUCACCAUUCAAGGCAUGCAGUCCUCCGAUGCCGGAUCCUACAUCUGUGACGUGGGCCCUGUCAUUGCCACCUUCAGGAUAGAAGUCCAGGAGUUGCCGUGUCCUCAGGAAUGCCAGAAUGGGGGAACCUGCGUGAACGGUGUUUGCCAGUGUCCAGAGGGCUACUCAGGGACUGCGUGCCAAGCCGAAGGUCCGCAAAACAUUCGGAUCCAGAUUGUACCCAUCCGCCCGGGAGUCCCAAGAAUCGGAGAAGACAUUGCUUUCACCUGCAUCAUCCUUGGCCCAACUCCGUUCCUCAAUCCAACCUGGAAGACACCUGGCGGACAACCCGUGGCUCGCAGGAACGCCCUGGGUGGUUCAAAUGCUCGUUUAUCAGAAGAGGCAUUGACCUCCACAGCCACCACGCUGUUCAUCAACAGCGUGUCCUACGAUGACGCUGGUAUCUACGUGUGCAUGGUGGGGCCGGUCAUGGCCAACUUCUCCUUAGAAGUUGCUGGCCUCGAGUGUCGGCCCAGCUGUCAAAAUGGCGGAACCUGCCUGGAUGGUAUCUGCACCUGCCCACCAGAAUUCACUGGCCACUACUGCCAAACACCAGUUCCUGAGAAGGUGACAGUCAACAUACGCCAAAUUGGCAACGAAAUACCAAGCCCUGGCUCCUCACUGCAGUUUGAAUGUGUCAGCAUGGGAAAUAGUGAUCCAAGGAGUGCACCAAUAUGGAGAAACCCUGCUGGACAGAGGGUCCUCCCACUAGGACAAGGUGGGUCUCAACACCUGUAUGUUCGCCAGUCCUCUCCUUCGGCCGUAGUCCUGGUCAUCAAUAACGUAAAUGCGACCGAUGCCGGCAAGUACGAGUGCGCUGUGGGCAACGUGGUAGCAUCCCUCAUAAUCAGAAUCAGCAGCAUUGGCUCAGCUCAGUGUUUUCCGUCCUGCCAGAAUGGAGGGAGCUGUGUUGAAGGAGUGUGCCUCUGCCUCGAGGGUUACAUCGGGGGGUACUGCCAGAUAGCAGUGCAAACACCCCACUUUGACAUCCAGAUCCUUUUGGACCCAGACCAGCCCCAGCAGCUGGUCAUUGGAGAUGACCUCCAGCUGACCUGUCAGAUCCCAGAAGACAGCCCCCUCACCAAUCCACAGUGGUACACCCCAGACGGUCAGCGAGUCUUUUCGAUUGGACAAGGCGGCUCAGACAAGUUGCAUGUUGAGCUGCAAUCCGUGCACCAGACUGUACUAACCAUCAUGAAUGUCCAAGCAAGUGAUAGUGGCACCUACACCUGCUCGGUUGGUCCGCACAGGGCAACGUUCAUCGUUGACGUAAGCACGUUUGACAUCCGCAUCCAGCCCCCACCAACAGAAGUUCCUCGGAUUGGCUACAACAUCACAUUCAUCUGCGAGGUGUCUGAGAGAGCUGGCUACAGGAACCCAUCAUGGCUGGGCCCUAGCGGGCAACAGAUAUACCCAGCCGGACAAGACUUUGGCAGCAGCAGUCGUGUUUUUGUCCGGGAGUUGUCGUAUCUCGCAUCGGAGCUCAUUAUCCUUGACUUGCAGCUCAGCGAUGAAGGCAUCUACACGUGCGCUGUUGGUCCCCUCAGCACGACCCAAGAGGUCUUUAUUGAAGUGGGUUGCAGCCGGCCUUGCUUCAAUGGUGGACGGUGUGUCAGCAGCACCUGUGAAUGUCCAAACAACUAUCGGGGAGAACAGUGUGAAAUACCAUUCGGUUUUGACAUCCGGAUUGUCAUCCCCGAAAACCUCAUGCCAAUGGUUGGCGAUGAUGUGAGCUUCACGUGUGAAGUGGGGUAUGAAAGCAGGUUCCGUAAUCCAGUGUGGAGGAACAGUAGUGGACAGCGAGUCUUCACAAAAGAGCAAGGAGGAAGUGAGCAUCUUAGUGUGGUCAUCAUCAAUGAGUACAGCACCCGACUGGUCAUCUCGGGACUUAGCACCUCGGACUCCGGCACCUAUGUCUGCACAGCUGGUCCUCUCUACAGGGACCUAACCCUCCAAAUCCAAGGUCGUCCUUGUGAUCCCCCUUGCUCUAACAGUGGCACGUGUGUGGAUGGUUUGUGUCAGUGCCCAGACAACUAUGUUGGCACCCAGUGUGAAACCUUUGUUCCGCCAUUCAACAUUCGAAUCCUGCCCCUUGAGAACCCGUCUCCGUCCUUCGGCGACAACCUGACCAUAGACUGUGUGGUGCAUCCGUCAGGGUUUUACAGGAAUCCAAUAUGGCGUGGUCCAGAUGGGAGACAGAUCAACACUAUGGCCCGGGGGGGGACCAUGCGGCUGCACACCGAGCAAACCAGUCCAUUCAGCACCAGACUUGUGAUUGAGAUGGUGAGCGAAGAGGACCGGGGCAACUACCAAUGCCAAGCCGGACCCUUCUCAGCCCAACUGGUGAUCAACAUACCAGUUCAAGAGUGCAUUCCACCGUGCAUCAAUGGCGGCCGAUGUGUGAAUGGCAAGUGUAGAUGCCCCCCCAGUUGGACAGGCAACAGAUGCCAGACGCCAGAUGUGGUUUUCCCAAUCCGCAUCAUCCGACCCGACGAGACACCUCGCCUUGGAGGCAAUUUCAGUGUACUGUGCGAGGUUCCACUUAACAGCCAGUACACCAUGCCCAUAUGGCUGGAUGCCAGCAGGCAGAUGGUGCCCAAGAGUACACAAGGUCACCUGUACGCAGUUGCUGAGUCGGAUCACCUAACUAGGCUCUACUUCACUGGGGUCCGGCGUUCUGACAGGGGAACAUACACCUGUGUCACUGGUCCUCUGUCGGUAGACUUCACCAUUAACAUUCCAGGUGGCAACAUUGACUGCAUUUCACCUUGCCUCAAUGGCGGAAGUUGCAUCAAUCAGCAGUGUGUGUGUCCACAGGACUACACCGGAGACCAGUGCCAGACCAAAGAGGAUGUACUCGUCAUCAUUCCUGACACCCUUACUCCUCGUAUUGGCCAAGACAUCAGCUUCCUCUGUGAGAUCCCGGCCGAGCGACCCUUCCGGAAUCCCACCUGGCUGAGCCCGGACAACAUCAUCAUCGAUUCCUACAUGCCGGGUCGCAAUGAGCAUAUGUUUGUUGCUGUGGAGUCACCCCGAUCAACCAGACUGUACAUCCGAGGACUGACACCCAGUGACUCAGGGCAAUACACAUGCAGUGCCGGCCCACACUCCUCAGAAUUCAACAUUGUUGUUACUGUUCCGCAAUGUGAGAACGAAUGCUUGAACGGAGGCCAAUGUGUCCUUGGUCAGUGCCAGUGUUUAGAUGGUUUCACUGGUGAACAGUGCGAGACAAAUGUUCCAGAUAACAGGAUGCGUAUUGUGGGUCCAGAUGUCCUCUUUCCCGUCGUGGGCCAGAAUCUAGAGUUCCUCUGUGAGGUCCCCCCGACCAGUGAGUUCCAGAUGCCCGUAUGGCUGGACAAGAAUGGCGAGAUUAUUCCCAAGGCAACGGAAGGCCACCUGUAUGCAGUGGCUGAAAAUGACCACUCCACCCGCCUUGUCUUCAGUGGUCUACUUCUAGAAGAUUCUGGUUCCUAUCGAUGUGUCACUGGUACUCUAUCAUCGAGGAUAAAUCUGCAAGUCACUGGUCUGGACCGUUGGAUUGUCGUCUCCCCAAAUAAAGUCCCCACUGUGCCAAGCAUCGGUGAUAACCUGAGGAUCAUAUGCGAGGUGGCGGAAGACAGUCCGUACACCAACCCCAAGUGGCUUGGACCAGACAAUGAAGAAGUGCGUCCCCUGGGAUCUAUUGGUGUUGGCCGAAUCGGAGUUCAGAAUGUUACUGCUACAUCAGCCACUCUGGUCAUCGACGGCUUGCAAGCAGAGGAUGCUGGGACGUAUACCUGCGUGACUGGUCCCCUGCAGUACAUCUACAGGGUGUCUCCAACAUUGGAUUGCAGUGCCAAUCCCUGCCGCAAUGACGCAGACUGCCAAGACGGCAAGUGUGUCUGUCAGUUUGGUUUCACCGGCUUCCUCUGUGAAUCUUUGGUGGAGUGCCCUCAGGAGUGUCAGAAUGGAGGCAGCUGCAUGGGAGGAGAAUGUCUGUGUCCCAACGGAUACGACGGAGAUUACUGCGAAACAGAAAAUCCCCAAGCAUUUAUCAUCCGCGUGACCAAGACCAACCCCGAGGUGCCCAUUGUAGGUGGCAACUUAGUCCUCCUGUGUGAGGUGGGUCCCAACAGUCGCUUCCAGAGACCCGUGUGGCAGGACCCCCAGGGUAGAGAUAUUGGCUCUCGGACCGACGGUGCAACCCGCGUGUACACUGUCAACCCUGAUCCAACGUCCAGCCACCUCUACAUCUCAGGCCUGUCACUGGAGGACGCUGGGACGUACACCUGCUCAGCUGGGCCACUGAAGUACAACUACAAUGUUGUCGUCCUGGCUGUUGAGUGCAACCCACCGUGCAUCAACGGAGGCUCCUGCACAGUCAGUGGCUGCCGCUGUCCACCAGGAUACAUUGGUCAACAGUGCCAGGAGAUUGAUCCCAACUACCUACAGGUGGAUGUGCCAGCCAUCGACCCUGUCUACGGAGGCGACUUUUCCCUGCUGUGUGUCCUGCCUGAGGGCAGCCCCUUGAGCAGCCUUCGACCAUACUGGGUGGACCCACUCAACCGUCCCAUCCCUCCCAUCGAACAAGGAGGCACUGUGGAACUCAGCACCGAACAGGUGACGCCACAGAGCUCACGUCUCAUCUUCAGGAACCUGCAAGUGACUACAUCAGGCACCUACACCUGUGUAGCAGGACCGAUUAGAUACCGAUACGACCUGCUAGUUGAGUUGCCAUCCUGCUUCCCGGAAUGCAAGAACGGAGGUGCUUGCGUUGGUGAUGUCUGUAUUUGCCCAAUUGGCCUCACAGGGGAAGCGUGCGAAGAUAUCGUUGAGGGGUUUGUCGUGGUGCAGAAUCCAGACAUCGACCCACCGGUCGUGGGCGACACCAUCAAGUUCGUCUGUGAGGUUCCCGCAUCCAGCACGUACGGCCAGCCUAUGUGGCUCAGCCCCGAUGGAGACCAGAUCACCCUGUUGCAAGGUGAGAAUGAUAAUAUGGGGACCGAGAUCAUGUCUCCGUACUCCACUAGCCUCCUCUUCAGGGACAUCCGGCUGGAGGACGCUGGCACCUACAUUUGCAAAGUGGGACCAAUUCGACAGGGCUUCAACGUCACUGUCACAGAUAUACCGUGCGAGCCAGUCUGUCAGAAUGGAGGAAUGUGCAUCACCGGUAUCUGCCAGUGUCCAGCCAACUACAUCGGGCCGAGGUGCAACAUACCAGUUGGUGUCUUCCUGACCAUCCGACGCCCACCCAAACCAAUCUUUGAUGUUGGUGAAGAUGUCAUCCUGACCUGUGAAGUGUCAGAGAACAGCCCCUUUGAAAACCCUGUGUGGCUAGACCAAUUUGACGCUGAGAUCGAUGAAGGCAUUCUGAACGAAGUGAUUGGGACACGCAACGUCAACCCAUUUACCACCCAGCUGAUCAUCCAUAACAUUCAGCUCAAUGACCGAGGAGACUACACCUGCAUGGUUGGGCCCAUACGGCAGACGGUGACGCUGCUGGUGCAAGGGGAAGAGAUCCGCUGUCCCAUUGCUUGCAUGAAUGGAGGCACCUGUGUAAAUCAAGUGUGUCUGUGCCCUGAGGAUUGGUAUGGUACGGAGUGCCAAACACCAGUGGGUGGGUUUAUUCAAAUCGUCCAGCCCCCCGGACAGGUGAUUGGCAUGGGCCUGGACGUUGCCUUCCUCUGCCAGGUUGUUGAGGGCGACCAUUUUGUCAUCAAUCCUGAGUGGCAGUACCGCAGCACCAGGAUCGCUGAGGCUACCGAAGGUGAAGUUAAUCGUGUCUUUGUUGAGAAGGUAUCUCCACUGGUCACUCAGCUGGUCAUCCGGGAUCUGACCAUUGACGAUUUGGGCGACUAUUACUGCUUUGCGAGACCACUGUCAUUAUCAUUUGAGUUGACUGUCUCAGAUUGUGAGCCACCGUGUAUGAAUGGAGGCAGCUGCGUGGGUGGCCGUUGUGUGUGUCUGGAAGGAUUGACUGGUGUCCUAUGCGAAACACCAGUGGAUGGCUUUGUGGUGAUUGAUGUCCCGGAGGACCAAGUACCAGUGAUUGGUGGACAGGUGGUGUAUGUCUGUGAGGUGCCUGAAUCCAACCCCUUUGGGCCACCAAUGUGGGUCACAGCGCAAGGCCGAGCUGUGCAGCCAGCUACUGCAGGCUCCAUCGUGCGUGUCAGCUCCAGCCAAGUCACAGGGUUCAGUACGGCGCUUUUCAUCAACAACUUGCAGGUAGAGGACCUGGCUGGCUAUACCUGCAUCGUUGGGCCCAUCCGACACCCACUGAUCAUCGACCUGCCCGCGGAUAUAUGCACGCCCCCCUGCCUAAAUGGUGGAACCUGUGUCGAAGGUCAAUGCGUAUGUCCUGCAGGACUGAAUGGAACCCAGUGUGAAAUGAUGGAAACUGGCUUUAUUGUUGUGAGCCCACCAAAAGGCCAGGUCCCUUUUGUGGGUCUCAACAUCACUUUCAUAUGCCUGGUACCUGAGGGCAACAUCUAUAGCAACCCAGUGUGGCUGCUGCCCACCGGCGAGGAGGUUCCAUUUGGUGGUGGAGCUGCAUCCAGUCGGGUUUACUCAGACAUUGUGUCUCCGGAGGCCACCAGCCUGAAUUUCAUCCGCCUGCAGCUGCAAGACUCAGGCACCUACACGUGCAAAGUGGGACCGGUGCAGUUCUCAUACAGUGUCGUUGCCGUCGUGCCCGAGUGUGACCCACCGUGCCGUUACGGAGGAACCUGCUCCAAUGGAGUCUGUCAGUGUCCGUUUGGCUUUAAGGGCCGAUACUGCGAAUUCAUUGAUUUCUCAAUUGAGAUUGAACAGCCACCAGAGCAGAAUCCCGAGAUUGGCAGUGACGCCGAGUUCACCUGCGUCAUCGACAGCCGGAGUCCCUACACCAACCCCGUCUGGUUCAACCGAGAUGGACUGCCGAUUACCACUGCUGGGGAAGGCUCCCCCGGUGGUUCCACUCGUGUCUACACCGAGCCGCUGGAUGAGUUCUCGACCCGCAUGGUUCUCAGGGACCUUGAGAUCAGCGAUAGCGGCACCUACAUGUGCAGCGUGGGGCCAAUCCGGUCAACCUUCACCUUCUUUGUCAGACAGCCCAACUGUGGCUUAGGUUGCUUCAAUGGAGGCAGCUGCGUAGCGGGUGCCUGCCAGUGCCCCGAAGGCUUCACUGGAAACUACUGCGAAGUUCUGGUGCAACAGCCUUUUAUUAUCAAGAUCGAUGGCUCUGACGAUCAACCCAACGCAGGCGACAGUAUCAGCUUCGUCUGCAGUGUCCCCGGCGGCAGUAACUACGGCAACCCCAUCUGGCUGGAUACCAACGGUGAUGUCAUUGUCAAUCAGAAUGAAGAUGGAGGGUCCCUAAGACAGUUUGCUGAGCCGCUGUCGGCAAGCGCUACCCGGCUCGUCUUCAACCAGAUACAGGAAGCAGAUGCUGGCAACUACAGCUGUAUUGUGGGACUGAAUCGGGCCAUCCUGUACAUCAGUGUCCGAGCCUCUGAAUGUCGCACCCCCUGUGCCAAUGGAGGGACCUGCAUCCAGGGAUCCUGCGUCUGCCCAAGUGAUUACGUUGGCGGGUUCUGCCAAAAUAUCAUCAGCCAGGAAUACCAGUUCCGCAUCCGCAUUCAGAAGGGUCAGAACCCAGUUGUCGGCGACAACAUGCGCAUCCUGUGCGAGAUACGGGGUUCCAGUCCCUACAGGGACCCACAGUGGAUCGACCCCAGGGGGAACGUCAUUUACUCCAAGGAGCUGGGUGGAUCUGACACCCUGUACACUCGACAGUCGGCUACCAACAGCAAAUUGUACAUUCAAGGAGUGACCCUAGCUGAUGCUGGUACAUACACUUGCCAAGUGGGCCCACUCACCACAGAGAUAACCAUCAUGCCAAGAAGAGAGACUUGUGUCGGUCCAUGCUUAAAUGGAGGAGUUUGCCAGGACGGGGUUUGCCGAUGCGCCAUGGGGUAUGCCGGAGAAUCCUGUGAGAUUCCAGUGGAUCUGUCCGGCGAUGGCUUGACUAUUACCAUCACGCCCAGCAUCGACAGGGAACCAAGACGAGGAGAGAAUGUAACAUACAGAUGCGAAAUUCAGGAAAACGAGAUCUACAUGAAACCAGUGUGGAGGGAUGAGGCCGGCAAUAUCAUCGAUGUGGCUCUACCAGGUCAGGAACGGUACACGGAACCAGUGAACACCUUUGUGAAUGAACUGACGAUCCUCGACAUAUCCCCGGAGCACCAGGGAGUCUAUAGUUGCUCCGUAGGCCCUAUAACAAGUUUCUACCCAGUCACAGUAGCAGCUGCUGGUUGUAUACCUGAUUGCAUCAAUGAUGGGGCCUGCAUCAAUGAGGCCUGUCUCUGCCCUGAUGGCUACUCCGGGGACUUCUGCCAAAUAGAGACUUUCCGUCCGUUUGACCUGAACGUCACCGUUGGCACAAACUACAAUCCAGUCGUAGGGGGUGAAGUCUCAUACCUCUGCGAGGCAGUCGGGACCCAUGCCCUAGAGAACCCCACCUGGUACAACCAGUAUGGAGUGCCCAUUGGAGAACAGGAUGAAGUGUUCAGUCGUAUUUACACCACUAACGUGUCAAGCUUUGCUCAGAGACUCGUCAUCAAAGACAUCAACGAGAUAGAUGCUGGAAUCUACACAUGUGAAGCUGGUCCCAGGAGAACAAGCAUUGUCCUCUCCGUGUACGUCCCGGAGUGUCUCCAGGAAUGCCAGAAUGGAGGGUCAUGCGUAGAAGGAAUGUGCGUAUGUCCAGAGCGUAUUGUUGGACAGUUCUGCGAAUACUCUUUGGACCGGGAUUUCCGUAUCUACCUGAGGCCAAGCACUCCAGAUGGCCCUGGGGUGGGCGGCAGCUACAGCAUAGAGUGUGACAUUGUUGGACCGGUGAGGAUUGGAACCCCAGAGUGGACUGGACCAGGAGGACAGCGGGUCAGGGGACUAGGACUGGGAGGUACAGGACACAAAUAUGCUGAUUACCUGAACCCCAGAACAACAGCCCUCAUUGUCAAUGGCGUCAUUGAGAGCGACGAAGGACCUUACCGGUGCACUGUUGGACCCCUCAGUGCCGAGUUCAACAUCACUCUAGCCCCCACUUGUGACAGAGGCUGCAUGCAUGGCGGUGUCUGCCGGAAUGGCGUGUGCGACUGCCCUGAACCAUUCACUGGAGAUUACUGCGACAGCAUAGAGGAAGGAUGCAACUCACUUCGCCUGUGCUACAACGGAGGCACCUGCAACAACAAGAAGUGCAUCUGUACUGCUGACUACCAAGGAGACUUCUGCCAGUACUCCAUUGAUGAUGAAACGACAUUGCGGAUAGAACUGGGUCGCGGCGACAUUCCGGAAGUCGGCGAGAAUGUGACCUUCAUGUGCAUCACCAGUGGCCCGGAUGCUCCCAUCAACCCUGAGUGGGUAAUGAGAACUGGCGAAGUCAUUUUGUCACUUGAGGACGGCGGUGACCUACAUCGACAUGUGCGUCGCCUGUCACCGACCCAAGUCCAACUGGUUCUAAUUGACCUGAUCUUUGAAGACAUUGACACGUAUUCCUGCCGCGCUGGGCCUCUGCGGAAGUCAGUCUCUCUGGUUGUCAGAACUCCACCCUGUGAACCAGAGUGUGUCAACGGGUUCUGCCUGAACACCAAAUGCAUAUGCCUGGACGGUUUCACUGGCGAGGCAUGCCAUAUUAGAAUUUCAGAGUGCGAUCCUCCCUGCUUAAAUGGCGGCAUGUGUGAGAACAGACUUUGUCUCUGCCCACGAGGAUUUUAUGGAGAGCUCUGUGAGAACAUCCAAGAGCUUCCUGUUGCCAUUACGAUCAGACCGGAGCAGGAUCAGAUAACCUACGUUGGGGAGAACUCAGCAUUCCUGUGCUACACAGAAGGUGACGGUGCCCCGUCAGCUCUCAUCUGGAGGGACCCAAGUGGACAGAUCAUACAGCCAGGAGUACCAGGUGGUAUUUCACGGGUCUUUGUGGAGUUGAUCAAUGAGACCGCCAGCCGACUCGUCAUCAAUUUCUUGUCUGAAGAGGACGCGGGACUCUACAACUGUGCCGCAGGGCCUCUGAACAGCUCAGUCAUCAUAACCCUGUAUGAGCACCCAUGUCCUCUGAUGUGUGCCAACGAGGGAACUUGCAUUCAGGGACGGUGUCGGUGCCCGGGGGAAUUCAUUGGAAAGUACUGUGAGAUCAGAGUGAGUCAGACCGGGUCCAUUGCCAUCGUUCCCAACAUCAAGCACAAUCCCAUGGUCGGGGAGGACCUGGAAUUCCUGUGUCGCACGGCGGGGAGAAUCCCAUCCAGGAACCCGGUCUGGAGGUUCCCCAAUGGCAAGGUCGUCAGAUCAGUUGAUAAAGGCUCAACCAAUGACCGUGUGUAUGCUGAGCGCAACCCGCCAUACCAGAACACCCUGGUCAUUCACAAUUUUACCGAAGCUGAUGUAGGGACUUACCAGUGCCGGGCAGGCCCCCUCACAACAUCGUUCACCCUUGUGCUAGCUGAGCGAAUCUGCGAUCCGCCUUGCUUCAACGGAGGCACCUGUGAGAAGUCCCAGUGCGUCUGCCCCGAGGGAUUCACUGGAAACUAUUGCCAGAUCAAAGACUGUCAGCCACCUUGCCUGAAUGGUGGCGAGUGUGUUGGCGAGGUGUGCAAAUGUCCACCGGGCUGGGCCGGAAGGGACUGCGGGCAGGAAGAAGACGUGGCCCUGCAGAUCACUCAAACUACUGAGUUUGUCCCGACCAUUGGGAGCACAGUCAUCUACGUCUGCUACACCAAUGAGAGCCAGGUUACCAACUCGCCAGUGUGGGUGUACCCUGACGGCCGGGAGAUACCGGUGGGAGACCCUGGUGACGGGACUCGCAUCUUUGUGGAGACCAUCUCCGUGGCUGCUAGUCAGUUGAUCAUCACCAGCCUGCAGGAAGAGGACAUUGGAACCUAUUCUUGCUCAGCCGGACCCCUCAUCGCUUCAGUUGUCAUCACCAUGAACCCCUCUGAUAACUCUUGCCAUGGUGAAUGCCUGAAUGGCGGGGUGUGCAACAAUGAGGUCUGUUUCUGCCCACCUGCCUACACUGGAGAGUUCUGCCAGCUCGUUGAUUUGGAGUGUCGUUACCCAUGUGAAAAUGGAGGAUCCUGCAUCAGCGGCAUCUGUGUGUGCAUGGCUGAGUUUGAAGGAGUGUCGUGCGAAAUAAAGAAGCGAGGUUGUGCACAAGAAUGUCAGAAUGGAGGCAUUUGUCUGAGUGGACAGUGUCGCUGCCAGCCAGGGUUUGCGGGAGACUUCUGUGAAAAAAGACCCAUCCAAUGUGAGCCCCCGUGCAUGAAUGGUGGCAUCUGUGUGCGUGGCCAGUGUUACUGUGCUGAAGGCUUUAAAGGCGACUCAUGUGAAUUGAUAGUGGAUUUAUCACCGCAGAUCAUCAUCAACCCAUUCUCUGGCCAGGUCCUGGCCCUGGGUGAGGAUGUCAACUUCCUGUGCCGGCUGCACAGCAUGGAUCAGGAGCCGGGGACCUUACCGGUCUGGGUGGGCCCAGAGGGGAACGCCAUCGGCAAAAUUGGAUUUGGAGGAGAUUUGCACAAGUAUGUUGAAGUACUGCCAGAGUCUGUCGUCAACCUUAUUAUCAACGACUUCACCUUGGACGAUGCAGGGAACUAUACUUGCAUCUCUGGGCCCUUAUCAGGAAUGGUGUACCUGACAACACUACCGGAAGAUUGCGAGGGCUUGUGUCUCAAUGGUGGCAUUUGUGUCAAUGGCAUCUGUGAGUGUGCCGAGGGAUUUCAAGGGGAACAGUGCGAGUUCUCACUGGGCGGUGGACUUUGCAGCCCGGCUUGUGAGAACGGAGCAACGUGUGAGCAAGGCGUGUGCCUCUGUGCCAUUGGGUUCACCGGUGAAACCUGUGGCAUUGAAAUGACAUGUAACCCAGCCUGUGAGAACAAUGCCAUCUGCCAACGUGGGAUCUGCAUGUGCCCUGUGGGCUUCACUGGACCCUCCUGCACCGAAGAUAUCAAUGAGUGUGCCAUCAACCCACUGAUCUGCCCGACCUACGGCUGCAUCAACACCAUUGGCAGCUACAAGUGUGCCUGCCCACCAGGCUAUGAGUUUGGCCCCGAUGACGUGUGCCAAGAUAUCGACGAGUGUAAGAUAGAGCAUGCUUGUGCACAUCGGUGCAUCAACACCAUUGGCUCCUAUCUGUGUGCGUGCCAUGAAGGAUUCAUUGUGGAUUCCGACGGGAAGACUUGCGUCGGACCUGCAGGCUGCUUGUACCAGAAUGUCCUCUACCCAGCUGGGACGAGUUGGACUAUCGAUGGUUGCUCCCAGUGCACCUGUGACAUGGGCGUCACUCAGUGUACAGAGUGUCCCCCACAAGAUAACGAGGACUGCAUGUACAAGGGCAUCCUGUACCGUCACCUCACCAACUGGACGUCACUCUUCAAUGCCUGUGAACACUGCUUUUGCAACAACAGCAACGUCCAGUGCAUGGAGGAGAUAUGCGAUGAGCUGUGCACCCACCCUGUGCCCAGGGCCGGCGUGUGCUGCCACGAAUGCACAGAUUGUCUGAGCGAGGGCACUUUGAUUCGAAAUAACCAGUACUUCACACCAUCCAGCAGUAAUUGUACAGUCUGCAGAUGUGAGAAUGGCAAUGUGAAGUGCUCCAAUCUGACUUGUCCAGAAAUCACCUGCAGCAAGCCAACAGAGGGACCAUGCUGCCUCACAUGCGAAGAUACGUGUGUGUAUGAAGGGAAUGAGUACGGUCAUGGUGAGACCUUUAUCCCAGAGUCUCCCAAGUGCAGCAUCUGUACUUGCCUGAGAGGUGCUGUGGAGUGUCAGUACAAGAGCUGUCCGGAACUAGACUGCCCAGCCGCCUCCCAGGUGCGCAUCAAGGGCCAGUGCUGCAGCACCUGCGUGGAGAUGCUGCCGGGCUGCGUGGAUAACCAACGGGAGUUCCACAGGACCGGUGACCAGUGGCAAGACCCCAUGGAUCUCUGCAGGACCUGCAGCUGCUCGGAGAGAGGUAGAAUACAGUGCUUCCGCACCGAGUGCAAUACACAGUGCCGUAACCCUGUCUCCAUUGCUGGACAGUGCUGCCCUGACUGCCAUGGCUGUGUUUUCAAUGGUGUCGGGCGUAGGAAUGGAGAGUCAUUCACCACCUUGAACUGUGAUCAGUGCGUGUGCAUAUACGGUGACGUGGUGUGCGAGCCAGCGAGCUGUAACACGGAAUGCUAUUAUCCGUACCAACCUCCAGGAGAGUGCUGUCCAAUAUGUCAAGAUUGCUUCUUUUUGAGCCAAAGGAUCAAGGAUGGCGAGACCACUCACCCUGCGCUGGACCCUUGCAGGACAUGCAUGUGCAGGAAAGGAAAUGUUCGGUGCACUCAUGCAGAACAGUGUCCGACAUUAGACUGCUCAGUAACAACAACAGUAGCUGGAGAAUGCUGCCCAAGAUGUGCAGAUGGCUUUUGCCGACUUCCUGGGGGUCAGACAUACGAGAGUGGAGAGAGUUGGUUCGACAGAGACGAUCCCUGCACAGAGUGCACAUGCUUUGAUCAAGUGGUGCGCUGCCUGCCGCUUCCUUGCCCGGACUCCAGCAACUGCACGCACGGCCUGAUCCUUGACGGCGAAUGCUGUGCUGACUGCAGCGUCUGCAUGUACCGUGAUAUCAUGUACAACAAUGAGGAAGUGUUCACACCGGAGAACAGUCCGUGUGAUACUUGCACCUGUAUGGACGGCAGCGUGAACUGUGUUAGUCGCGAGUGUCCACCGUUAGCAUGUCGGCGUUCUGUGGAUAUCUCUGGCCUUUGCUGCCCAGUGUGUGCGGUCUGCAUAGACCCCCUAGACAGCACAGAAUACACCCACGGCCAGACCUGGGUCGAUGAAAACAAUCCCUGCAGAACUUGUAUCUGUGCAGAUGGAGAGAUACGAUGCAGUGAAGUGACCUGCCUGGCAGACUGUAAGAAUGCAACUCAAGUGGACGGGCAGUGCUGUCCAACAUGCCAAGGGUGCGAUGUGAAUGGCCAGACAUUGCCUGUUGGGACGCCAGUCAAACCCGACGACAGCCAGUGCAUGGAGUGCGUGUGCGGCAGUGACGGCCAGCUGCAGUGCUUCGCGAUCCUUUGCCCCAAGCUCAACUGCAGACCAGAGCAAGUGGCGGUCACCGAGGGCUCCUGCUGCCCAUCAUGCGAAGCUAUGGUCCGAACCCAGCGUGUUUGUGAGAAUGAUGGCAUCCAGUACAGCAAUGGAACAACCUUUGACAUUGACCAGUGCACCACCUGCACCUGCAUUGAUGGUUACCUGGAUUGCCAGGUGGAGGAGUGCCCUGAGCGGCCCUGCAGUCAACACCAGCUGGUCAGGGUACCAGAUGAAUGCUGUCCUCUGUGCCUGGACCAGGACUGCCUGUUUGACAACAGGUUCUUGAUUAACGGGGAGUGGUUCCAGCCGGCUGGCGACAAGUGUACCAACUGCUCCUGUAACAAUGGUCAGGUUGAGUGCGCUCUGCUGCCAUGCCCAGCUCUGGACUGCCACCCAGAUGAGCAACACAAGGCAGAGGGUGACUGCUGCCCUCAGUGCACAGCCGGCAUGUGCCUAUACAAUGGUGAGCGGUAUUCCAGCAGCACAGCUUGGAGGAGUGGGUGUGACAUCUGUGUUUGCAUCAACGGAAAUGCAGUCUGUAGCCAGGAGGAAUGUGAACCAGUUACAUGCAAGGAGGGUGAUGAAAUCGGAAUCCCACCUGGAGCAUGUUGUGAACAGUGCUUGCCAAAGAUGGCCUCGUGCAUUGUCUUUGGUGAUCCCCAUUACCGGACAUUCGACGGCCGGUUCCACGACUUCCAGGGCACCUGCACCUACACGUUUGUCAAAGACUGCGUCGGGGAGAACUUUGAGGUCAUUGUCCAGAACAACGGCAAGGAGACCUACUCAGUGUCCUGGACCCAACUGGUGUCCUUCCGGCUCUUCAACUGGACCAUUGACCUGCUGCAGGAUAUGAAGGUCAAAGUUGAUGGUGCCUUCGUGGAGUUGCCAUACCUCCACGAGCCGGAAUUCAGCAUCCAGAAACUUGGAUUGCUGGUGGUUGUCCAUACAAACUUGGGAAUCACUGUGUCCUUUGAUGGCGAGCACUUUGCUGAAGUUGUAGCUGAUCAUCUCUGGAAGGGGCAGCUGUGCGGCCUCUGCGGUGACUAUAACGACAACCCAGAUGAUGACUUCAGAAGUAGAAAUGGCACAUACAUGACGACAGCCUCGGACUUUGGGAACACGUUCAUCUGCGGCGAUUACCCAGACUGCUCCUGUAGAGAGAGCCAAGAGCUGGAGCCAUGCGCCAAGGAUGAGAGCUAUCUGGUGGAGGCUGUGGAGAGAUGUGAAAUCCUGAAGGGUGAUGUUUUCUCACCGGCACAUCACCUGAUUGAUCCGCAACCUUUCUACGAUGCCUGCCUAUACGACUGGUGUGCCUGCCCUGCCCAGGACAAAUGCCUGUGCGAUGUACUCUCGGCAUACUCUCACGAAGCUAGGAAGAAAGGCGUCAGAUUAGACUGGCAGAGAGAAAAUUACUGUGCCAUUUCAUGUCCAGCCAGGGCCUAUUAUGACGAGUGCACUCCACCGUGUGAGAUCACAUGCGAGUCCCUCAACUCCCCCAACCCACCAGAAUGCACCCAAAAUGACUGUGUCCCUGGCUGCAAGUGUCCUGCCGGCAUGGUACUCCAUAACUUCCAGUGUAUAGAUAUAAGCAAUUGUCCCUAAGCCAUGCAGGGGCUAACUAUAUAUAGAAUAGCUUUUCAAGAAAUUAAACAGCUUUUGAAGUAAGCCUUUACCUCUGUGGAUGACUCUGUCGAGUAGAGCAUGUACCACAUGUUACAGGUGUUCCAAUAAAUGAAAAUAAUUGUUUUUUGGUUUGGCUCUUCAAUAUUUGGAAUAGGCUAUAAAUGCUUGAAGAAUUACCUCCUGUUGAGCCUGAAACUUAGAUAUAAUAAACCCAGUGUAAUUUUGUUCCUAAAACCAAUAGGGUUUGUUGAGGUAUAGUAAGUGGUUCUUUUAAGGUUGUAUGGGGGUGGGCCUGGAGUGGGGCAUCUUGUGUAAAAGUUCAAGUGGCAGUUACGAACGUGCCAUACAGAAUACUAGCAUAAUAGUCAGAUAUACGUGUAUGUGAAAGUAUGUGGCUGCGAGGACGGUGCUCUUUAACUUCCACUGAAUAGAAAUAAGUAUUGAGAGGUAUGAAUUAAUAAAACAUGUUAGAUAUCAUUUUCGAUUCACGGACAUGAGGAGAUUGUUUUUAAAAAUUUGGGAUGGUCCUCCAAAAUAUCCCUUGAAAAAUAGCAUUUGAAUUACAAAAUUUAUGACACAAGCUGGGAAACUACUGAAAGAUAGCGGUGCAGUAAUCAAGACAUGAGCAUUACCACACAACUGUCAACAUCGUCAGUGAUUAAUAAAACCAAUAUCUUCCAUUUGCAUUGUGUACUUUGUGAAAGUAUUCUAGUUGUAGCCACAGUGGGCUCGUAUUUGGGUACAGUUUCCAUUGAGUGCUUGUAAUUUUAGAAUAGAGAAUAUUUCAGCCUCUUGUAGAGCCUAGUAUUAAAUUUGCUCUGAAGUGUCGAUAUUUUUCAGUGUUUUUUUAUCUAUUUUAUAAAAUGUUGAUGCAAAUACAGGCAGUGGGUUGGAUAUCUUAUUGCCUGUUCAUUUGAAUUAUUCCUGAGAACCGUACAAGUGUAAACAAAUUAAAGAUACAUAUGGGGUUGUCAACCAGAAGAUAUUUCCUGUCACCACGUUUUGUGUACUGCUAAUUUUUUUUAUUCAUAGAAUAAACUGUAUGUUCGAUAUGUUCAUCUGUUUUAUACCUUUUUAUCUUGACUAUACGCAUGAGAACUUUGGAAAUGGAUUGACGCUUUGCCCUUCUAAAACCUGUGCGCAAUACCAUGGGGUCCAAAGCGUAAUACCAUUGGAUCCAAUGCGUAGUCAUUAUGGCAGCCGCGGUGUGCCAUUAAAGAAAUAUCCAUUUAUCCUCAAAUAAUCUCGCAUAAAAUUUUAUCCUGUAUAAUCUGUGGGAAUUUUUGAAAGGGCUAAAAGUUCCUGCUCACCAAGCAUACCUCGUGCUAUUUCUGAGAUAAUUGUACCAAGACAAGAACCCACUUCGGACAAGAGGCGCAAGUUUUAAUACCUAUUCAGUAUUUUAAGAACGUAGACGUAGCACAUCCCGAUUGUCGAAUAUGUGCUAUUAAGUGUAUGUGUUAAUAAUUUUCAUUUGUUUCCCCUGUAACUGCCUUCCAACUUAUGGUGCUGCAUAUGAAAAUAAUGCGAAGACUAGACUUAUUUAACUGUAUCAUUGUGUAACCGUGUGCUUUAUCUCAAAGGCUUUAUUUUGUUAAGCUGACAAAAUUUAAUAACUUUUACGGUAAUGGUAAAUAUUUUUAUUAGACCUUUUGUAUUUUGACUUGUGGCGCUUGUUCAGUGGUGCUUCCAGUAAGUUUUUAACCGUUUGAAAGAUUCUGCACGUGACAUCGUUCAGUGCCUUUUUAUUCUAAGGCAAAGUAUUUUCAUUAAUUUAAGUUUGUCACGGUUAUCUUUUUAAUCAACCAACAUUUAACAGAAUAAAAGAGGGCAGCGGAAGUUGA